AUGCUCAGCAGCAGGACGAAAGUGGGCGGCGUGGUGCGACUCUCGCCGACCGGAAACCUAAUUCCCGGAUGCGGCCGCGGGGGAUCUCGCCGGAAGCUCGAUAAACGAGCACAUCCGUUGCCGUCGCUCGCGCCGCAAAAUUUGGCACCGCGAGCGCUCGCAGCCCACUUCCGGCCCCCUCCUCCCCCCCGACGACCCCGUUCGCCUGCGAAAAUAGCGGCCGACCGCUUCGUGUACGCGGUUCAUUCAGUAUGGCCGCCUUCCAUUCAUAAAAAGGCGAGGCGCGCUGCGAGGGACGCGGCCGGCGGGGCGCUGCUCUCCGCCGCCGCUCCCUCGGCCGACGCCAGUGCGGAAUGUGCCAGCGAAUGGAGCGGUCGUUUCGUCGGAGCGCAGCGCUAA